AUUUUUUUUUUUUACUCUAAUUAGUUCCUUUUUUUCUCGCUUGUGUAUAUAUAUAAUCCAUGCCAGCCAUCUUUUGUUAGCUCCCAGGCUUCUCAAAAAUAAAACCCCAAAAAAACCCCAAAAAAUCCUCUCAUUUUGGCUGUUUGUCCGUUGGCGCGGACAGCCAAUUGCGGUCCUGAACCUUUCAGGACCUUGGCUUUGAAGCCUGGGAAUUUGACCCUUAUUCUCCAGGGAUAAAAAAAAAAAAGCAGACACACAAAAACGAGAGAAAAAAAAAAUUCUCUAACAUGGCUUCCCAAUCUAUUAAGUUUUCCUUUUUCUUGGUUAUGUUCACGACGUUAGUAGCGUUCCUUGACGCUCACAUUGCCGAUUUUGACAACUAUUGGAAACAACGAGCCGAGGAGGCGAAACGGGUGGCUCUGGAGACGUACCACCCGGACCCGUACAACGUGACAGAGCAUUUCAACACAAUGGUUCACAUGGACCUAUUCGGGUCGAACGAAACUCGACGAAGCAUGAAGAGGUACAUGGGUAAAUGUUUGGCGACCAACCCCAUCGAUCGAUGCUGGCGGUGCGAUCCCAACUGGGCCAACAACCGCCAAAAGCUGGCCGACUGCGUCCAGGGUUUCGGGUACAAGACCACGGGAGGAAAAGGCGGUCCCAUCUACGUCGUCACAGAUGGUUCCGACACCGACCUGGUCAACCCGAAACCCGGGACGCUCCGACACGCGGUGAUCCAGAAAGGUCCCCUCUGGAUCACCUUCGGUCGGAGCAUGAUCAUCAAGCUCACGCAGGAGCUCAUGGUGAGCAGCGACAAGACCAUCGACGCCAGAGGGGCAAACGUCCGCGUGGCGUAUGGGCCCGGGAUCACGCUCCAGUACGUGAACAAUGUGAUCAUCCAUGGGCUCCAUGUCCACGACAUUGUUCCCGGGGCCGGUGGGCUGAUUCGCGACUCGGUGGAUCACUUCGGGUUUCGGACCAGGAGCGACGGCGAUGGGAUCUCGCUGUACGGGGCGACUAACGUGUGGAUUGACCACGUGUCCAUGUCCAAUUGCGGGGACGGAAUCAUCGACGCGAUUAUGGGGUCCACCGCCGUCACCAUCUCUAACGCCCAUAUCACCGAUCACAACGAGGUGAUGUUAUUUGGAGCGAGUGGGAGCUACUCUGGGGACUCGAUCAUGCAAAUUACAAUCGCAUUCACCCACUUUGGGAAAGGUCUGGUUCAAAGGAUGCCGAGGUGUCGAUGGGGUUUCUUCCAUGUCGUAAACAAUGACUACACUCACUGGCUAAUGUACGCCAUCGGUGGUAGUAACCACCCCACCAUUAUCAGCCAGGGUAAUCGCUUCAUUGCUCCAGAAAAUGUCGCAUCCAAAGAGGUAAAUGAAGAAGUGACAAAGAGGGAGUAUGCACAAGAAUCAGAGUGGAAGAAUUGGGACUGGAUAUCGGAGGGAGAUCUGAUGAUGAAUGGUGCUUUCUUCGUACCAUCGGGAAACCCUGAAGCGUACAAAAAAGUUUCGAGGCAACAACUCAUCAAACAAAAGCCUGGAACCUUUGUUACUAGGUUGACUCGUUUUUCUGGAGCACUGGAUUGCUUUGUCGGGAAGCCAUGCUGAAUCAUGAAAACACUGAAACAGUAAAGAUUUUUUUUUUUUAAGAUGAUUAAAAGAAGAAUCUCACACAUACUUCUAUCUAUAUGUAGAAAACAAAAUAUAUAUACGUCAUACGAUUUGUUUGUAUGAUGUACCUUAAAGAUAGGGCGAAACGUAGGAGGAAAGAGUUGAUGGAGGAAGAAGAAAAUUAAUGCAAGAGUCUCUCAAGUAAAAAAAAGAAGAAGAAGACUUUAGAAGGAUUAAAGGAAUCAUCAUACUCACUCAUAAGCAUCAUUAAUUAGAUGUUUGUUUUUUUUAUUUUUCUUUUUGGUGUCUCCUGUGACAAGCAGGUAAAGGUGGGAUGAAAGAAGAAUUUGAGUGAGUUUUUUUUCUCCCCCUUUUCUUCUCUCUACAUAUCUUUUUCUUCCCAUUUUUUAGGCUAUCAUUUGAAAUCGGAAAAAGUGAAAAUUGUAGUUAGCCAAAUGAUAAUGAGAUUUGAUCAAUUGUGUUGAGAUCUCUUUCUAUUAUCUUUUUGUAGCCUUGCUAGUAAAAAAGGAGGCCGCAACAUUGUAAAUUACCCAUUGAAAUGAAAGUACUCUACAUUCAAA